ACAUGUUGUCUGCUAUGUCAAUAUGCAGUUAUUGAACUGAAUUAUAUAAUUAAAGCCUAUUAUUUAAUGGUUGUACACAAUGUCAGAUAAAUCUAAAGACUCUAUUUAUGAUGGUUUACUGAAGAAAAUUUCUGAAACUGAAAAUUUAAUAAAGCAGUGUAAAAGUUUACCUGACAUAUCUGGAAAAGCCAAGCUGCAGAGAAAAAUAGAGGCUGAACUUCGCUUCUUACAACGACUUUCUAAAAAUCCAGAUAAAUUAAAAGAAGAACAUAUACGAAGCUCAAACAUCUAUCAUUUGUCUGCAAUUAUUAGAUGUUGCAGUGAAAUGCAAGGUGUAGUAAAGGUACUGGAAACAUUUUCAUAUGAAUUUUAUGGUGACGAGGAGAGUGAUGAAGGUGAAGAAAGAUCUCUUGUUGUAGAUAUUGUUGCAGAUUUUGGCAGAACAUGGAUUAAAGUUGCUACCAGAAAUCCUGUUCAUUUGUAUCAAGCUUCAAUUGGUCUUGGAAAAUAUGGAAGGAAGUCAAUAGUGGAACAAGUAGAAGACAUGGUUGAAUGUGCUAAUCAGAACUUACACAUGUUUUCCCCUCCUAAAAUCAUUGUACGUUUAGCAGCUGGUGUCACCAAAGAGUUAAAAGAACUUCUAGAAAAUUUAAAGGUACAAGUCAUUGGCGAUGUCGUGAAUUCUGAUGACGAAGAAUUGCCCAGUAGAAGUAGUUCUCCAACAGAGAACCUAGAAAGAAAUGUUGAUAACUUAUUGACUCCAUUAGAAUCUUUACAUCUUAACUUUGCUCACUCUUUGCAAAGUCCUAGAGAUACUGUUCAAGUUGAACAUUGUGAAAGUGACUAUUUUAGCUUAAAUACAGUUCCAACUGACGCAAUACUGAAUCUGGAUGUUUCCACAUUUCUUGCAUAUGUAUCAAACAUGACUAACGGACACUGUAAUGCAAAAUAUAAUGAAAAAUUACUCAUGGAUUUAGCUGAGAUGGAAAGAGCACACCCAGUGAAAACUAUUUUAGACCAAUUGUUUGAAAACAAAAAGUUAAUUUGUUGCCAGACUGCUCACAAGGAUUUUAUGGAAAUUUUAUCUACUGUUGGUGGAGACGAAGAAAAAAAAAGAGCUUCAGAAUUCUUAAAGAGAGUUACUGUAAUCUCAGACAAUGUAUCACCAAAUGCCCUUUGUUUAGAGAAAACUAGUAAAAUUAAAGAUCGUUCAAAGAUUGUUUUCGGUACUGGUGAUUCAAUGAAAGCUAUUACUGUAAGUGCAAAUUUAGGAUUUUUACGAGCAGCGCGUUCUCAGGGAAUUAAAUUUGUUGCCUUCGUUCAUGAAUCAAGAGCUUUGACAGAGUGUAAAGAACUGAAAGAUGAAUAAUAAUGAUACUCAAUAGAAAAUGAAAAUAUUUAAAUAAAUCAUUAAAAUUUC